AUGCUGGACGAUGAAUCUGCAGUCGGGGUUGGCCCCGCCGAUGGUAUCAGAUCUGGUUCGAGAAGGCGCGGAGGUAGAGGCAAGCAAAAUCCGGGGAUGCAGGGCCAGGCCAGUUGGCUGAGCUGUGUGAUCAAUCUGGUGAACACAAUUGUUGGAGCCGGUGUCCUCGCCAUGCCUCUCGCCAUCUCGCACAUGGGUAUCGCCCUCGGUACGUUCGUCAUAGUAUGGUCCGGUGUAGCGGCUGGGUUCGGACUGUACCUUCAGUCACGAUGCGCACAGUAUCUCGACCGUGGAAACGCCUCGUUCUUCGCCCUCUCGCAAAUGACCUACCCAAAUGCCGCUGUCAUCUUCGAUGCCGCGAUUGCGAUCAAAUGUUUCGGUGUCGGCGUUAGCUAUCUCAUCAUUAUCGGAGACUUAAUGCCCGGGGUCGUCCAAGGAUUUGUUGGAGGAGAACCGGCUUUUGAUUUCUUGGUAGACCGCCAUUUUUGGGUGACGGCCUUUAUGUUGAUUAUCAUUCCCCUUUCAUAUCUACGGCGGCUAGACUCGUUGAAGUACACUAGCGUUGCGGCCUUGGUUUCGAUGGCCUAUUUGGUGGUUUUGGUCGUGUAUCACUUUAUCAUUGGAGACACGAAGGCGGACCGAGGGCCGAUUCGUGUGAUUCACUGGGCAGGGGCUGUUCCGACUCUUAGCAGCUUCCCGGUGAUUGUGUUUGCUUUUACAUGCCAUCAGAAUAUGUUCUCAAUAUUGAACGAAAUCCAGAAUAACAGUCACUUUAGAACGACUGCUGUUGUCUUCGCCAGUAUCGGAAGCUCCGCUACGACCUACAUUCUUGUUGCUAUUACCGGGUACCUCUCCUUUGGAAAUAGCGUUGGUGGAAAUAUUGUGGGCAUGUACCCGCCAGGGUUAUGGGCCACCAUUGGUCGAGCCGCUAUUGUUAUCCUCGUCAUGUUUUCCUACCCCCUUCAAUGCCACCCAUGCAGGGCCUCAGUCGACGCCGUGCUUCGCUGGAGACCGCGACCCUCUGCAAGUACUAACGAGGGCUCUCCCCAUCGUCACCCGCUCCUUCCUGGCGUCCCACGACGGGCCCGGACCCAAGAAGCCAUGAGCGACCUCCGCUUCUCCAUAAUCACAACCUCAAUCCUCAUCCUGAGCUACAUCGUUGCCAUGACUGUCUCCUCCCUCGAGGCCGUUUUGGCAUAUGUCGGCAGCACAGGGAGUACCAGCAUCAGCUUCAUCCUUCCGGGUAUAUUCUACUACAAGAUCUCCGCCCCCGAUUCACCAACGCACCAGCGCCUGAUGAAAGAGGACGACGAGGCCGAGGAUGGCUAUGUUUCGGGCGCCAGUGAUGCGGAUGAUAGCAGCGCCCAGGCUCGGCCUCUUACUGAGAGUGGUAUUCUCCGCCGGCACACCCGCUCCUGGCGCCGAGAUUUGUUGCGAAAGCUGAGUCUUGGGCUCGUUAUCUACGGUGUCGUUGUCAUGGUUACUUGCCUGAUUACGAAUUCUGUUUUCCUUGCUACCAGCUAG